CACGCCCCUUCGGCAGCCAGGGUGGGGCCCAGAGCGACCUGGCCCCUCCCGCCCCCACCUCGCCUUUGGGUCGCUGACCCCCAGGCUGUGGUGACAGAAACAGGUGUCCUGGAAUAGGCACCACGGAGCCCUGGCAACCUCCUCCACCCAUCCAUGCCCACCCCACCUGAGGCUGAGAAGCAGCAAACAGGGCCAGAGGAGGCGGACCAGCCCCCCUCGAUGUCCAGUCAUGAUGCGGCCCCCUCGGCUCCCCCCAGGCGAAACCCCUGCUGCUUGUGCUGGUGCUGUUGUUGCAGCUGCUCUUGGAACGAAGAACGUCGGCGGGCCUGGCGAGCCUCCCGGGAGAGCAGGCUACAGCCCCUCCCCAGUUGCGAAGUCUGCGCCACGCCUACGCCGACCCCGGAAGAGGUGCGGAGCUGGGCGCAGUCCUUCGACAAGCUGAUGCACAGCCCAGCGGGUCGCAGUGUAUUCCGGGAGUUCCUGCGCACGGAGUACAGCGAGGAGAACAUGCUCUUCUGGCUAGCCUGCGAGGAACUCAAGGCCGAGGCCAACCAGCAUGUGGUGGACGAGAAGGCCCGGCUCAUCUACGAGGACUACGUGUCCAUCCUGUCCCCCAAGGAGGUGAGCCUGGACUCCCGGGUGCGGGAGGGCAUCAACAAGAAGAUGCAGGAGCCGUCGGCGCACACGUUCGAUGACGCACAGCUGCAGAUUUACACGCUGAUGCACCGAGACUCCUACCCCCGCUUCCUCAGCUCCCCCGCCUACCGCACCCUGCUGCUCCAGGGGGCCUCCCAGUCCUCCAGCGAGGCCUAGGCUGCCCACGUGGCCGCCCAGAUGUGGGACGCCUCCCGCGGCAGAGACUCCUUUCACGAGAGAGCUUCAGCAGGUGUCAGGCACACCCACCGGGCCCAGCACCCAGGGGUGGGCCCAGGCAAGAGUGGCAGGUGCAGCGCCAGAGGCCCCUUCCCCACCUGGGGGACGCAGUGUUCCAGGGUCCUGCUGAGAGGCAGGCGUGAGUGCCUCUGGACCCAGGCGACCUUUCUUGAAUCAACCCCCCCCUGCCUCUGGCCACGGAGCCCUCCUGCUCGGGUUCGCACGUGGGGAAAGGAGGUACCCUCCCUGGAAGCAUCCUGGAGCCACAAACCUCACAGGGUCCCUGGGAAACCCUUUCGUGGACAGCAGACCUUCUGUUUAGUUCUGUGAUACAAGGAGACCUCUGCCUGGUGCUGUAUGCACCCCAGGAUUAGACUGAGGACCUCAGAACUAGGCUCAAGGCAGCAGGACCUGAUUUCUCUUUUAUAUGAUCAUUGAGUUUAAACCAGGAUAUAUGGCACUGUGUGUCUUAUCAAAAAAAGAAAAUGUUUUCAUAUUUAACUCUGCUCC